CUUUCACUGAUAAGACAAAACCCACACCCCCACUUUUCCAACACCGUAGCAAUGAAGCAGCAGAAGCAGAAAACAUGGCCGUCCAAAUUCGAAACCCCUCGCUUCACCGCCCUCCCUUUCGUCAAGAAACACCCCUCCCGACCUGACCCCACCGGACCCAAGAACACCUCCAAGCCGCCUUCGUUCCCCGAUCCCUGCGACGACCACCGAUGCCACCAAGACUACUCCCAUCUCCCCUACGACGUCCUCAUGAAAAUCGCGGCGACUUUCUCGUGGACCCACCUGCGCACGGCCUCGCUGGUCUGCAAGUCGUGGAACGACGCGCUCCGACCUUUGAGGGACGCGAUGCUGUUCCUGAGAUGGGGGAAGCGAUUCAAGCAUGGGCGUGGUGGGGUGAAACCAAACUCGGCCAAGGCCCUCGAUUGCUUUCUCAAAGGGGCGGCGCGUGGCUCUACUCUCGCAAUGGUGGAUGCCGGGCUUUUGUACUGGGAGAUGGGGAGAAAGGAGGAGGGAAUUGCUUGGUACAGUAAGGCUGCUCAGCUCGGCGACCCUACUGGGCAGUGCAAUUUGGGAAUUUGUUACUUGCAAGGUGAGACUCCAAAUUCCCAACAAGCUGUUAAGUGGCUGUACAAAGCUUCUGUUGCUGGCCAUGUUCGUGCCCAGUACCAACUUGCACUGUGUUUUCAUCAGGGUCGUGGUGGUGUGCAUAAGAAUUUUCAGGAAGCGGCAAAGUGGUAUCUGAAAGCUGCUGAAGGUGGAUAUGUACGCGCUAUGUAUAACACUUCACUGUGCUACUCUUUUGGAGAAGGUUUAAUGCAGUCUCAUAGGUUAGGCAGAAAAUGGAUGAAGAGGGCUGCUGAUCGGGGUCACAGCAAGGCUCAAUUCGACCACGGAUUAAGUCUCUUUUCUGAAGGGGAUAUGAUGAAAGCUGUGGUGUACCUGGAACUUGCGACUCGUGCUGGCGAGAGAGCUGCAAAUCAUGUCAAGAACGUUGUACUCCAACAGCUAUCAACAUCUUCCCGCGAUCGAGCUAUGCUAAUGGUUGAUAAUUGGCGCGCUUUGCCUUCCACGCGUUGAUUCGUGAUAUGUUCCACUCACCCCUUGGACAUAGCUCAGUGGCCGAAAGGUUAAGUGUGAGUAUAGUGAUCUAGCAAAUGCUUGGGUUCGAAUCCUCAAUAGGAGAGGAUCUCAACCUCGGGGUAAAAAGCAAGCACUCGAACUCUGAGUCAUUGAGAUACACAAUCCCAGUGCAGGGGGUAAGGGGCUAUCAGGUUUAGGGUUUAAACCUAUAUGUUCCACUGUUGUCAUAUGUUUUCUAUAAGCUUGACUUCUCCCACUUGUUGUUUCUCAUCAUGUAAUGACAAUAUUGUCAAUAUAUCUGUAAUGUAAUAUAUUUGUUUUUUUUUUUAA